UAAUUCCAGAAUUUAUUCGGACUUUUAUACACUUAAGGUUUCAUAACUGCAGCAGCUUCAUGCAGUAAAAAUAUUCGGAGUUUUUUAAAUGUAUUUAUUGAUCAAAAGUGACGGAAUUUAAAACGUCAGAUUUGUAGCCUGAAUUUUUAAAUAAUAUUUUUGUUUAGUUCUUUUGUUCUUUUCCUUUUCUUUCCUCAAACAUAAAAUGUACAUUUCCAUUAAUCAUAGCAUGUCUAUCAAACUCUCUGUUAAAUACAAGAUUAUGCUAACGUCUUAAGGCCGCGUCACAGCCGGUCUUGCGUGAUUCAUGCGGGUUUCUAUACCAUAAAUAAUUACAAUUUUUUAUUGGUUUCACUUAAAUAAUAGAAAUAAUUGAUCCUCCACUAUGAAAGACAAAAACCUUCAGUUGCUGUUUAGCGGAAAAUAAAGCUCUACAAAAAAAUAAUAACUUGACAAAUGCCGCGCGCGCUCUCGGAAGUGACGCAGCACGAGCACGAGCAGGUUAAGAAGCGCGAGGCUGCAGUUCCGGACAGCAUCUCCCACCUGACGUUCGCACGCGCCCAGCAGUGAUGUCAUCCACCUACCUGCUGCUGCUGCUGCCCCUCCUGGCCUCCGCUCAGACCCUUCACUGGGGCUCCUGCCACACGCCGCAGGUCCAGGAAGACUUCCAAGUUGAAAAGUACAUGGGCAGGUGGUACCUGGUCCAGAAAACGCCGGCAUUCUUCGCCCCAGGAAAGUGCAUCAGCGCCAACUACAGCCUGAGUGGGGAGGGGGGCCUCCAGGUGUGGACCUCCCAGUCGUACUGGGACAGGAAGUGGGUCGUGGAAGGAAAAGCCGUGGCUUUUGACAAAAACCAGCCGGCCAAAUUCUUAGUCAACUUAUUUCACUUUGUCCCCCUCAGCCCGAUGUGGGUCCUGUCCACCGACUACGACAGCUACUCGGUGGUGUACUCCUGCACCAACGUGCUGGGCGUCCUCUACCUGGACUACGGCUUCAUCUUGUCUCGCUCCGCCUCCCCGCCUCCUGACGUCCUGCGUCGCAGCGAGGAGGUGCUGCGCCGGGAGGGGGUCGACACCUCCAAGAUGCAGGAGGUGGAGCAGGACUGUGAGGAUCACGGGACCCUCACCUUCAGCGAAUCCGGGGUCUCUGCGUCUUAGGAGCUUCUUCUGUUACCAACUCUGUGACGUGUUUUAUAAUCGGUUUUGGAUUUGGGCUUUAAAUGAUCCAAACGUUCACCUGUGGAGAGAAAUCUGAAAGGUUUUUAUCUGAAAGUUGAAUUUUUGCUUCUUUUAUUUUUAGCAUUAAGGUUUCACUUUAUUCCUAAACUUCUUCUGUUACCAUCUUCAUUUGGCUCCUUAGUGACACAUUUUUAUUUUUGUUUCUGAUUUACUCAUAACGGAUGAAAUUGUGUUUUUUUUUCUUUUUAAUAAAGUUUUAUCUUCACCAACAGACUG